AGGAAAAGAAGGCGGAGAGAAAAGUUGUGGAUGAAAGUUCAUUUUAAAUCUGAAGCCUCUGCUAUUGUCUGGCUGCCUGUUGACAGGUCAACGUUAUCCUGGAGUCAGCAGCAGCUGUUCAGCCACAGUCUCAGAGCUCACAGGAGGACAGCAGCGCGAUGGGCAGCUCCUGAAAGUCCGCCAUUUUCACCUUGAAGCCGGAUAAACUUCAUUCUUCUGUCACAGCUGGAGGAAGUUAACGGUGAUGUCUCCGCUGCAGCUCUCCGUCUACUGGCGCCUCUCUCUCGUCUUCAUCUUCACCUCCUUCCUCUUCUUCCUCGACAUUUUCACAGCCGCCAUCGCCGCGGCCAACUGUCGCCAUGGCAACGGCACCAGCGGCUCAGACACACUCCGUGGAACGUUGCCACCGAACGCGCAGAGCAACCAAUCACGGACCGGGGACGUUUCAGAGAGCGAAGCCGAUUGGAGGACGGAGAGCGGGAACCGAGACUCAGUGUGUGGUUGGACAGACUGGUUGCCCUAUGGUCAGACUCUCUUCAUGGUCGGUCUGCUGCUGGGAUCUCUGGUGGGAGGAGCGCUGUCUGACCGAUAUGGGAAGCGUCCGGUGCUGUUGGUGUGUGUGUUCGUGCACGCUGUGUGUGGCGUCGUGCCCGCCGUUCUCUCUCAGCCAUUCCUCUUCCUCGCCAUUCGCUGCCUGACGGGUGUCUGCUGCUGCUGCAUCAACAUCUGCUCCUUCAGUUUGGCAGUGGAGUGGACUGCCCCCGCUGCCCGGCUCUGGCCACCGGCCUUCCUGCCGUUCUGUUUCAGUUUGGGGACGAUGGGUGGAGCUCCGCUGGCCUGGCUCAGCCCCACCUGGAGGCAGCUGCACCUGUCUCUGGCUCUGCCGCAACUCAUCUGUCUGCCGCUCUACCUUUCGAUUCCAGAGUCUCCUCGCUGGUUGUUGUUAAGGAGGAGGACGGAUGUUCUGGACCGUUACCGUAGCAACAGCCCUGCAGAUGAACAGUGCCUGAAUCUGCUGUUGGACUCGGCCUGGUCUGACUUGCAGAAAGCCACCGAGGCCCAGAAAGAAGAGCCUCCUGGAGGCCAAGCCCCGUGUGACAUCAUCCACCUCAGACACCCGACCGUCCUGCUGCGGCUGUCAAUUAUGAGUUACCUGAGCGUUGCGUCAGCGCUGACGUACUUUGGCAUCUGUAUGAACAUCGGCUCAUUUGGCGUUGGCGUCUACUCUGCCCAGUUCUUUUCCGGCCUAUCAGAAACUCCCUGCCUGCUCGUCCCGUUGGCUCGCCUGGGACGGCGACCAAUCAGCAUGCUCGCUCUGUUCCUGAGUGGAGCAGCAUGCUUCCUGUCAUUACUACUGUCCAGAUAUCACGGUGAGCCGGUGCUGGUAAUGAGUCUGGCUCUGCUGGGAAAACUCUGCAUCCUGGCUGCCAUCUUCAUCUCUACACUGUACAGCAUCGAGCUGUUCCCCACAGUGGUCAGACAGCGGUGCGUGUCUCUGGUCAGCUUGUGUUUCCGGAUCGGCUGUCUGGUCAACACCUUGGUCCAAUCCAAUCCCAAUGGAGCGAUCUCAUUGGCUGCCAUGGUUGUGUACAGCAGCGGACCAAUCAUAGGCUGUGGCUUGUGUCUGCUGCUGCCAGAGACCAGUGGCGUCCCGCUUCCUGAUUCGGUGGAGGACUGUGACAGGCAGCCUCUGCCCCACCCACCCAGUAUUGGCACCCUUUGGAGGACACGGAAGCUGGUGAGCAGCCAAACCAGGAAAACAGAGAUCCAGCCUGCAGAGAAAGAUGACAUUCACACACCAAACACACACACAGGACUGAUAUGAACACAGAACACAAAGUUCCUUCAGGUUCCUUUUUUUAGAGCUUGAAAUUGAACCUGAAUGGAUUCAUAUUACAGGGGGGAGGUGGGAGAUGAAAUAUAGCGCUGAACAGCAUUUUAACAUUGGGGGAAAUGAGAGGAUAUGUUCUGACAAAGCCAAAAGAGUCAAAAAUCAUAUUCCUUUCAAAUCUGAACACACAGACAUGACACACAUAUUGAUAUCAUUGAGUGUGACUUACACUUCCCAAGGAUAUCAUUAUUUCUGAUGUCCAUCGCCAUUUGCAAAAAAAGUGGUAAUAUUUUGAGAGCAAAUUUGACUAAGUGUAAAAACAAGCCUGAAAGAGAACAUUACAUCAGCACAUUUGAUGAGCUUUUAUGGGGUUUUGCUCUCCAGAUGGUUUUAUUUUUUUCUGUCAUCAUAUUGGUUAACAAACAUGUUGUUGUUAACAUGUUUCCAUCUAAAAAAAAACUCAGAGAUCCACUUUAAAACACAAGGACAUCACAUCAAGGACAUUAUUACUGGGUUGGACGUGAAAAAUGACCAAGCUGCAGGUUCAAGCUGUUCAAAUCACUCCACCUCACCUACAGACAGUAAUCCAGUCCCCAUGAGGUUUUUGUUUGCUUUGACUUUAAUGAUUUGUUUUGUUCUUGUAUGUAGUUAGACCAAAAAACUGAGGGAACACAACACCAAUUUGAGUGUGAUCAGCAUGUGAGAUUCAUUUUUAUCCCUCAGAUUAUGUUUUAUGUUAUUGGCGGUUGGAGGAUGUCCAUGACUUGAGAGGAGGUGUUUUAAUGUCAUGUUGAGUUUUUUUUUUAGUCUUUUUUUGUCAUCACUUUGUUUUGUUUUGUUGAUCACUGUGAAAAUAAACUGACCUGAAAUGCAGUUUUUCCUCUUGG